ACAAUGGAAGCUUGGAUAGCCGCACUCAAGUGUCCACGUGCGCGUACAGUGGAGAGCAAGGCACUUGUGGUGAAGGGUCUUCCUCGGACGAUAAUACACCACGAGGACCCGCGUCCAGAAUGGCGUGCGGUUCCAGGAAGAGGUGGUCAUGCCUCGACACCGAAGCUCCUGGCGCCGCAGGUAUGGAGCGUCUUACUAUCCUUCGAGGUACUAUGCUCGCCCUCCUAGAGCUCACUACGUGGGCGGCGCCGUGUCAUACCCUGCACGGUACCCUGCAAAUGUUGGCUACCACCGAGCCAUGGCUACCUCAGCAAUGGUACCUCGAGGCUACGUACAUAGCACUGGUAGCUACAUGUCUGGGGGUCGCGCUCUCAUGCCGAGCGCCUACAACAUGGUGAGUGGACAGUUUCCUCUCAAUUUCGUUUGGUCUCCCCUCGCACUUGCCUUCAUCACACCGCUUGUCCACGUGCACUGGCUCGAACUGGACCUCGAACGCUGUUAGUCAGUCUGACUCAACCCCAAAGACGCUUCCUUCUCAUCUGCCUGGGGUUGCUUCUUACCUACCUUCACCCCGCCUUCACCUGCGCCUUCU